AUGUCACAUUCAUUUCGUUUCCUUGAUAUCAAGAAUCAUAAAAAUCAGUGCACGAUAGAGACACAACAGCAGUUUGGACCAACUAAUGCAUACUGCCAUGGGGGGUUUGACUUCACACUGUUCUUCGAGGAGACUUUCCUCUCGAUAGUGCCUUUCGCUUUCGUACUUCCGUUUCUCAUCGUUAGGCUAUAUCGAACAAACAAGACAUCGAUCAUUGUUGAUGGAGGACGAUGGCACUUCGCAAAGCAGGUAUGUAUCGUUCGCCUGCUCAUUGUCUGUUUCAUCACUCAUCAUCUCGUGCAGGCACUUUACAUUCUCUAUGGCGCGAUACAGGUCCUCAUGCUAGGCGCUAUUGCUAUGCCCGACACCAUCAAGACGAACACCACCAUCGCUAGUGCCGUUACCACACUUUUCGCGACCUUCGUUCUUGCCGUCACGUCGAACUUCGAGCACUACCGAAAUGCGCGACCAUCCUCUCCAAUCGGUAUAUAUCUGGUGGUUACGUGGGUCUUUGAUGUCGCUAAAGUGCGAUCACUCAUUGCAAUCGAACACGGAAAGCCAUUAGCUUACAUGCAAGCCGUAUCGGCUGGUGUGAAGCUAUGCCUCGUCUUGCUUGAGUUAAAAGAAAAGCGCGCUUGGCUAAUAGACCCCAAAGCAUUUCCCGCGCCAGAGUCGACGGCGAACUUCUUCAACCGUCUGACGUUUUUCUGGGUCAAUCCACUACUUCUAAAGGGCUACAACAAGCCUCUCAACGAGAGUGAUCUGUUCGAAGUCCAAGAACAGAUUGUAGGCGAGAAGAACUUGCUCGCCUUCGCCGAAAGAUGGGAGAAGUGGAACGGACUCAUCGCGUCUUACGUCCUUGUCUACUUCGGCUUCGGCCUUACGAAUUCGAUGCAUCAGCACCGUAAUUAUCGAAGUAUCUCAAAGCUUCGCGGCUCGCUUAUUGGCGUUAUCUAUAAGGAGACCCUUGGUAUGAGUACGUCCGCGCUUGCCGAGUCUGAGGCAGUGACCUUGAUGAACGCCGACGUUGAACGUAUCACGGUCGGUCUACGCCAAUCGCAAGAGCUCUGGGCAAGCUUGUACGAAAUUGCCCUAGCAGUCUAUCUCCUGUAUGAACAGAUAAGCUGGGCUGCUCUCACGCCGCUCGGUGUCAUCUUUCUUUGCACGGGUAUCGCCAUCGCGUCUUCGCCCAAACUGGCCUCCUCGCAGAAGACGUGGCUUGAUAAGAUUCAGGCUCGUGUAGAUUCGACUGCUUCGAUGCUGGGUGCAAUGAAGGCUGUGAAGAUGACUGGACUUACACCAGACCUUGGAAAGAAGAUUCACGAUCUCCGAGAGGAUGAGAUCCGCACUGCCAGGACGUUCCGUGGAAUGCUAGUUAAGAUUACAGCUUGCUGUGAUCCCGUCAUUGCAUUGGGAACAUACAUCUUCAUGGCCAAAUACCACGGAUAUCCUGCUCUGACAUUGGCACGCGGACUAACAUCGCUCGUGUUGCUGCAAUUAACCCUUGAGCCAGUCUCAUUCUUCAUCACUGCUCUAUCUGGCCUGAUAAAUACGAUGAGCUGCAUGGAACGCAUUCGUCAGUAUCUCGUCACGGAAACUCGUAAUGAGCUCUCGCUGUACCGGUCACGCCACUCACGACCAGGCAGGCCGGAUGGUCCACUUCCCUCCCCUCCUCCGGCGUAUUCGCAAUUUGCGCUCAAUCUAGCAAACAUCACAGAAGAAGUCGAAGAGCUACCAUCCGUGGCAGGAUCGUCACAGCGACCAGGGAAACAGUCUUCGGAGAAGCGAGCCGCGAUUUCUUGUCAGGAGUCGGACCUCAGUAGUGAUGAUGCUACGCUCGCCUCAGUACACGAAACAAGGAAUUGUAUUGUAGCUGAGAACGCCAGCUGCGGUUGGGAUCGAACAAAGAUGCCAACGCUCAUGAACCUAAACUUCAAGGUUCCGGAAGGGAGUAUGACAAUGAUCGUUGGGCCGGUCAGCAGCGGGAAGUCGACACUGCUGAAGGCGAUACUCGGCGAAAUGCCUGUCGCUAAAGGGUUUCGACGUUCAUUCUUCACGGAAGUCGCUUACUGUAGUCAAAGUGCGUGGCUAGUCAACGGUACGCUCAGAGACAAUAUCAUUCACGGCUCCGACCUCGAUCCGAUUUGGUACAACACAGUUAUUCAGGCCUGCGAUCUAGAAACAGAUAUAUCGAUCAUGCCGCUCGGAGACGAGACAAUUGUGGGAAGUAAGGGCCUAAGUCUGUCUGGUGGUCAACAACAGCGUGUAGCACUCGCUCGGGCAAUAUACUUCCGCCGAUCCAUCGUACUCAUUGACGACGUUAUGUGCGGUCUCGACGCAUCCACUGAAGAGCACGUAUUUGAGUCCGUCCUAGGCGAGAAUGGGCUGCUGCGAGGCACUGACACUACAGUCAUCUACGUCACCAACGCUGUUCAUCGUUUCUCUCAGGCCGACCACAUCAUCUCUCUCGGCUCUGAUGGCACGAUAGUUGAGCAAGGUACCUUUGAUGAGCUUCGCCAACAGGGUGGUUAUGUCAGUAAUCUGACGAGAAAUGGCGGACGCACUGUUCAGAAGCACGGUGACCGUCACGAGAUCAGGGGCUUUAAACAAUCGCUGCUUCACUCAAAGAUGCAGGAGAAGAUUGAAGAAGAGAAUGGUGCUGGUGACUUUACCAUUUACGGGUAUUACAUUGGCACCUUUGGAUGGCUACGAUGGCUCGUCUUUUGCUUCUUUUGUGCGCUGUACGGAUUUGGCACUGCAUUCCCAAAUGUAUGGGUCAAAUGGUGGACAACUCACAACCAAGAGCAUCCGAAUGAUCGCAUUGCCCACUAUCUCGGCAUGUACCUAUUCCUGGCUGUUCUCGGUCUCGGCUCCCUAGUGAUGGCAUGCUGGAUCCUUAUCAUGACUAUGACGCCACAAGCUGGUCGUCAACUGCACCAAAGAUUGCUUGACACAGUGCUCAAUGCGCCAAUGUCAUUCUUUAGCAGCACGGAUACCGGUAUUACCGCCAACCGCUUCAGCCAAGAUCUGGAGCUCAUAGACAUGGAACUACCAGUCGCACUCAUCAAGACGGCAAUGAACCUCUUCCUUUUGCUUGCCCAGCUAUGCGUUAUCUUGGCGUCAGCAAAGUGGGUUGGUGUCGCUAUGCCAGCUAUUUUAGUCGUCGUAUACUUCCUCCAGAUAUACUACCUGCGCACUUCUCGCCGCCUUCGUAUCCUCGAUAUCGAAACGAAGGCAUACCUCGGUACGCAGUUCCUUGAGAUGCUGAGCGGACUUGUCACAGUUCGUGCUUUCCAGUGGGAGUUCCAGCACUUGUCACGCUUUCUGGACAUGCUCAAGAAAGCUCAACGGCCAUUCUAUCUUCUAUACUGUGUACAAAGGUGGCUCAAUAUGAUUCUGGACAUGGUAAUUGGUGGUAUGGCCGUUUUGCUGGUUACUAUCGCUAUCAAGACCAAGGGAACGGUCGAUCCUGGCAUGACGGCGCUCGCUCUCACCAACCUCGUCGGAUUCUCCCAGAUGCUGAAGCAACUUAUCACUGCAUGGACAUUGCUCGAGACCUCCAUGGGUGCUCUUGCGCGUGUUCGUGCCUUUACUGCUGCAGUCGAGACCGAGAAUUUACCUGGUGAAGAUAAACCUGCGCCAGAGAACUGGCCGAGGUUUGGCGGCAUCGAGUUCCGCAGCGUCGUUGCUUCGCACAAGAAGUCGAAGAAAGCUACACUGAACGACAUCUCCUUCGCCGUCCCACCAGGUACCAAGCUCGCGUUGGUCGGCCGUUCCGGCUCAGGAAAAUCGUCUCUCAUUGCUGCUCUCCUACGCAUGAUGGAUCUAUCAUCCGGCCAGAUUGUCAUCGAUGGUCUGGAUAUUGCAACGCUACCCCGCCAACUUGUACGCAGCCAUCUCAUCGCCCUCCCACAAGACCCCUACGUUCUCGCCGGCACCAUCCGCGAGAACGUCGACCCUUUAAGCAUCAUGUCAGACGAGCAAGUCAUCGGUGCCCUCCGCCGCGUCCAACUUAGCCAUCUCCUCGACGACGUUGAUAUCGGUCUCCACGCCAAACUCAACUCUGACAUGCUCUCGCACGGCCAAUGCCAACUCCUCUGUCUCGCACGCGCAAUGAUGCGCCGCUCCUCCAUCCUCAUUCUCGACGAAGCCACCGCCUCCGUCGAUGUACAUACCGACGCGUUGAUGCAAGACAUAAUCCGCACGGAGUUCAAGCACCAUACCAUUAUCGCGGCUGCGCAUCGUCUGGAUACUAUUAUUGACUUCGACGCUGUGCUCGUCUUAGAUCAAGGGCGGGUGUUGGAAAGCGACAAUCCGCAGACUUUGUUGGCGAGAGACUCUGCUUUCAAAGAGUUGUAUCAGACACAGAAGGGAGAGAAUAGAGAUUGGGGACACAGUACGUUGAGUCUACUGCAUGAUACGGGGGAUAGGAUUAGUUUGAUGAGUCAUGGCACGAGUUCGGGGAGGUGA